AUGUUUAGUCAGGACGAUAUCUACAUCUAUGGCAACCCUGUCUCCCCUCCCGCAUAUCGCGAAUUCACGACUUCUCGAUGCUGGUGGUUGCACGAACACAUCGAACAGCUUCAGAGCUAUCACAAGAAACACGCGCAAGCGCUCUCGGAAUUGCAAAAGUUGGCGACGAUCGCCCAGCGUUCCACCUUGUCUCGCCCUACCAAGACCGACGGCGAGAAAGGACCUGAAGAGGUCGAGGAACAAGCUCCCGCUCUCGUCCUGAUUGACUGUGCCAGUGUCACUUUUGCUCCGGAACUCGUGCAACAAGGACGAGAAGGAGGCAAAAAGUUCAUUGACAAUCUCACCCGCAAAAUCGAAGCCGACUACGCCAAGACGAAGAAACCGGACGAUGCGAAAGAGAUUUGGACCUGCUUCGAACUGUUUGUUUCCGAAAAGUUCGCCGAGGGAGAUAGCGUCAAGGGACAAAGGAUGAAAGAGUUCAUCAAGGGGGUCACGGAUGCUAUCAAUGUCAAGCUCGUACGUGUUUACGACGACAAUACGACGAACUUGGCUUGGAAGUUGGCCGUGACCGCCCAGAACUGGUUCGAGCGUAAUCCCGCCCGAUACUGCUACGUCGCUUCCUGCGACGAAAAGACGUACGGAUGUUUCAACUCGGCUAGUCGGACCCGCCUCAAGCUGCUCGCCCAGCAAGAGGCGGACCCGGAGGACAUCGACGAUCUGGAGGAAUGGGAAGAGACGAGGAAGAGACGAGCGGGGUUCGAGCUAGUCGAUGCGGGAGAGCUCUUGAUGCCAAAGGGAUUGGAGGAAGAGUCGUUGGAGGUCAUCGGGACGGUAUCGCCAGAGGCUCCUUAUAACGGCGAAGGAGGGGUACCGGAAAGGCUCGAGGAGAAAGUCGACUCGGCUCAAGACAUGCCUCGCCGAUCUCUCGCUCCUCCCAGGUCAGCUUACGAUCUCGUCAAGCACAUCAUCGGAGAAACGGCUAGAAUCAAAGUCGGAUCCGAGAUUGCGAAACCGCCUGUCACCAAUAAAACGCCCACCAGCCCUCCCACACUCGUCGGACAUGCCGCUCUUCCCGUUCGGCCCGCCCCCUCUCUGGCGGUCACUCCCAGUCGUAUAGGACCUGCGUUGUCCGUUCCUGCUGCUGGUUCUGCCGCUGUACCUUCCGUCCCUCACGUUCAAUACAUCCCUUUGCCUGAGCCGCCCCAUCCCCGCGAUUCCCCCUUGCCCCCAAAAGUGGGCAGUGUUGGAUUUAGCAGGGGCUUCCGCGAGUUUCAGCCGCUCUACAAGAUCCUCGUCGACCUCAACAAGGAAUACCGAGCGCAUCGUUACCACCAGGCCGGUCAGGUCGGCCAGAGAUUGUCCAGCGCCGACUACCGUCGAUCCGGAUACAGAACCUACAAGGACUAUGUCAUGGCGGCCGAGAGGGCUGGCCUCGUCAAGGUCCUCGUCGAAGGGUCUGCGCUCUGGAUCGCUCUCAACGUUGCUCAAGCGCAGCAUUCGUUGGCGAUCCAGGGACAGCCGGCAACCACAGGUUCUCGAAUCGGCUCGAGUUCGGAUCCGGUUUGGCUCCCCAAUCUCGAGGAAGAGUCCAACACGCCCCGCACGAUCGGAUCGUCCCACUGGGUCACCGAACCCAUGAGCCCUCCCAUGUCGCUCAUUUGAAGCGCUCGAGCGAGGGUGGGAAAACAGUACCGGUAUACAGAGAUGAACCAUGCGGAUAUUUUGCA